AUGCAAUUCAACGCUAUCCUCCUCCUCGUUGCUUCAGCAUCUGUCGCUACUGCUAUCAAGAGCGCAACCUGCCUCGAUGGUGCUGUAAGUCCCCAAGUCCACCUGCUUGAAUUCAUGUUCAUUGGAUCUAACAACCUCAUAGGGAAAAGCCCAAGUCUCCACCACCAUGACCGCUUGUGACAACUUGAAAUUCUUCCCACCCGUCAACAAGUGCUCCGACUGCAAGAUGAGCGGCAACAACUGUGUCAGUGACAAGGAUCUUAUCACUGCUGCCGACGUAAGUGUUUUCAUUUCUCCCAACACAAAUAUCAAGAUGGGAGAGAAGUUAAUUGUGAUGUAUAAUAGUUGGCCAAGCAAUGCAAGGAUGCUGGUGCUUCAGGAAGCAAGGCGAAUUAG